ACGUUGUGGAUCAACAAAAGAUCUGUCACGAAGUUUGAAUUACCUUUGAGUUGAUAAUUACUACGGUUAAUAUUUAAUUAUGUUAUACAGCGCUUAGUUAUUAUUAAUAAAUUGCUUUCUUACAUAAGUGUCUGGAACAGUUGUGAUUAACUUGACUUAAUAUGGGUCUUUUAAGUAUAUUGAAGAAACUACGUUCACAUCCAGAUAAAGAAUUGCGUCUUCUACUGUUAGGUUUGGAUAAUGCUGGAAAAACGACUCUCUUAAAACAAUUGGCAUCUGAGGAUGUCUCUCAUGUGACCCCGACAGCAGGAUUCAAUAUAAAAUCUGUUUUAUCUAAUGGCUUUAAAUUAAAUGUAUGGGAUAUCGGUGGACAAAGAAAAAUACGGCCCUAUUGGAGGAAUUAUUUUGAGAAUACUGAUAUUUUGAUAUAUGUGGUAGAUUGUUCUGAUCACGUCCGUCUGGAAGAAACUAGUCAGGAAUUGGCUGAAUUGUUGCAAGAUGACAAGUUACGAGGGGUGCCACUGUUGGUAUACGCUAAUAAGCAGGAUUUAGCUACGGCGUUGCCCGCGAGCGAUGUGGCUACACACUUGGGCCUCCAUCUAAUCAGGGAUCGUACUUGGCAGAUACAAGCCUGUGUUGCUACAGAUGGUACUGGUGUAAAGGAAGGCAUGGAAUGGGUUUGUAAGAACAUCCCGGUGAAGAAGUAAUAUUGUAUUAUUGUAGUGAAUUCAUAUAAAAUUAUUGCUUACUCUAAUAUUGUACAAUUAUAUUAAUGUUCAAGUAUUUAUUUUUUUUAUAAUUUCUAAUUUAUAUAAAGUUUUAUUGUUUUAAAUAAUGAAAAAAAGGAAGCAAUACUCUCCGUCCACAGUAAGGCUAUAUUUUUUUAGCUUAAAUAAUGAUUAGCUUAAAAAUGAAUUAUCUUCACAUUUAUCUAGUCACUUUAUUAUUAGUAAAUAUUCAUAAUUACACGUUUUUUAAGAAAUUAUUAUACAAAAAUUGUAUUAAUCGUUCAUGUCUAGGGAAUAUACCUAACAGCUGUCACUCAAUAUUAUUUAUAGCAAGAACAGUUAAGAUUACAUUAAAAUGUCACAGCUUUUAUGAUGUAGAGGUUUAUCUUCCAUAUAAAUAGGCUUUGAAAAUAAAGAGCUUGUAUAGAUGAGAA